AAAAAGCGGAGUGACCUUCCUCCGCUCUCAGUGAGUCUGAGAGGGGCAGCACUGAAGCAAUAAGCCGGUAACAGCUCCUACAGUCCCCCACGCAAGCCACAGAAAUGAACAACAACUUAGUCGGAGAUGAAGUCGGUAAACUUUUUGUGGGUGGCUUGGACUGGAGUACCACACAAGAGACACUUAGAAACUACUUCUCACAGUAUGGGGAAGUAGUAGAUUGUGUCAUCAUGAAGGACAAAGCUACAAAUCAGUCGCGAGGCUUCGGCUUUGUCAAAUUCAAAGACCCCAAUUGUGUACGGACAGUGCUGGAGACAAAGCCGCAUAAUCUUGAUGGAAGAAAUAUUGACCCGAAGCCAUGUACUCCCAGAGGAAUGCAACCUGAAAAGACUCGAACCAAGGAGGGCUGGAAGGGCAGCAAAGCCGAUAGCAAUAAAUCAAAGAAGAUAUUUGUAGGUGGAAUCCCCCAUAACUGCGGCGAGCCUGAACUCAGGGACUAUUUCAAUAGAUUCGGAGUGGUCACAGAGGUGGUCAUGAUCUAUGAUGCGGAGAAGCAGAGGCCCCGAGGUUUUGGAUUUAUUACUUUCGAGGCCGAACAAUCAGUGGACCAGGCUGUCAACAUGCAUUUUCACGACAUCAUGGGCAAAAAAGUGGAAGUAAAGAAGGCUGAACCUCGUGACAGCAAAGCUCCUGGCCAGGUCGGCCCUGGCCAGUGGGUGCCCCGGGGCAUCCUGAGCACAGCCAAUGGGUGGACAGCACAGCCUGCCCCAGGCUGGCAGCAGCCUUACGGGGCGCAGGGAGUGUGGGUGUCGACUACUGGCCAACCCUUAGAUCUGUUCUGUGUUGGAGCAGGUGGCUAUGCACCUCAGCUGACAGCAAGCCGCGGUCACCCCACACAUCCUCCGUCACCUUUCAACGGAUUCCUGGUCACGACCCCGGCAGGCGGCUUCGCUGCACCUCAGGCCUUCCCUCAGCAAGGCUACAGCACCGCACCUCAGUUUGGUCAGUAACUCUGUGACACACUUACUACUUACACUGUGGUGUUGAUUUCACCAUAAAGAUCUUCUAUAGCAUAUGUAAGAUAGAAGGUAACACUGUGGAUUUGGUGGAUAUACAGUAAGUAAAAAAUAAGACAUACAAAUUAGGAUCACCAACACUGAAAUAGGUUUCAGUUUUAGUUGAAUCUAUGUCAUGUUUUCCCGUCAGCUUUGCUCUUGCCAAGUUAAGGGAGGAACAUCCACCUUAUCAGACAUGGACAGCAUGUCUCGCAGAUACCCAGCGUUAAAAUAAAAUCAUGCUAAAAAGUCUGUGUGGGUAUCCUUUCAACAAUUGAACCUGUUAACAAACUAAUAUUGUCAAUCAUGGACAACAUAUUAGGAAAGUGUUUAAGCAGAUCAAAACUACAGUUACAAAACUAUUAAUCCAGUGUUUCCCAUACAUUGAUUUAUAUGUGGAGGGCCGCCACAAUUAAAUAUCGUCCACCACAAA